AUGGACUACGCUACCAAGGAUAGCAACAUCAUCGGCAAAGUAGAGGUCGGUGUCCUUGGUUCAAAGCUGGGUGUGGCCAAGGGGGCGAGGGAGUAUAUAAAGCCAAGCACUGCGUCCCUUGACCACAGCUCUCCCUCUCUCGGCCUUCACAGCAACACCAAGAUGAGACUGAUCGUUUUAUCACUGUUGGCGGCAGCAUGUUCCGCAGCUCCGCAAAUCUAUCAGACGGUGUCAGGAACUGUGGUCAGUCCCCAGUGGAACCUCCCAGCUGUUAUGAAGAUCCCUGAACCAGGUGUAAAUUUAGGAGUAGUAUUGACUGCCCCUGCCCCUGUCCCUGUUGUGAAAGCCGCCCCUUCCGUUGCCGUUGUUGAAGCUGCCCCUGUCCCUGUUGUGAAAGCCGCCCCUUCCGUAGCCGUGGUCCCAGUUAGCCCGGUGGUCAAGAGUGCAGCCAUUGUGGCUCCUGCUGCGCCUGUGGCUGUUGCCCCUGUAGUUAAGAGCGCUGUCCCUGUGACCGUAGUGGCACCACCUGAGCCUCUCAUGGCCCCUGAACCCCCCAUGCCGUCCCUCAGCGUCCCUCACGUGGGAGGCCAAUUCCACACUCAGGACGAGGCUGGCCAGUACACCUUCGGCCACUACGGCGGCCCCAACACCCGUGUGGAGAGCAGGGACUCUUUUGGUCGUACCUCCGGCAGCUUCGCCUACGUGGACCCCGAGGGCGACGUCCAGGUGAGGAAGUACGCCGCCGCCCCCGGUUCUGGCUUCAGGGUAGCCGCCUCUGACCUCGUCGAGGACACGCCCGCCGUGGCAAUGGUUAAGUCCGCCCACGCCCGUGCUCACGAAGUUGCUAUGUCGUUGGCAGGAAAUCCCUCUGUCACGCUAGUCUAAUCUGCAAACAACCCUCAUCAGUAUACCUUAUAUCGUUGUAUAUAUUUUUUCUAACAAUAAAAUGUACCAUG